AUUGUGCUGAAUCAAACCUUUGGCGAAGAAGUGUUAUCAAUGAUUUUGGAAUCUGUUCUUCAAAGUUGCUUCAGGUCAGUCAUAAGCUACCUAAUGAAUGUGUUUGGCAGAACCAAACUCCCUACAUGCAACAAUUCACAAUGUACAGUGGCUUUAAGAAACAGCUGUUUUUAAAACUGUUUACAGGACACUAGUUUUGUUGCACAAGGCCAGUGUUUGUUGUCCUUCCUAAUUGCUCUGUAUAGAUAAUUGCUGUAAUCCUCCUCCUUCCACAGAGCUAAAUACAAUCUUGUGAAGGAACCCAGCAGAUUGAGCAACAUUUGUGGGAGGAAAGCAAUUAUCAGAGUUUUGGGUCAAAACCCUGCUGAGCCCAGGAUUUCAGAUUCAAGAUUACUUCAUGUCAUUUCUAGUACACGAGUGUAAAGAAACGAGCAUGCAGAGUACAGAGGGUGCAUCAGACUCGGCUACAACUGUGACCCUGCGAACAUCUGCUGCUGGUCCACCAUCUGUGCAGUCUGCAGUGGUUCAGCAAGUGCCAGCACCACAACAGCAGAUGGUGGUCCAGGCAACAGGCUCUGCUCAGAAAGGAGGCCAGGUAGAGCAGCUUCAGGUUCAGAGCUUACAGCAGGUCCAGCAGGUGCAGUCUGUUCAACAUGUUUAUCCAUCACAAGUUCAAUAUGUGGAAGGAGGGGAUGCAGUCUAUGCAAAUGGGACCAUACGUGCAGCAUAUUCGUAUCCAGAAACCCAACUCUAUGCACAGAAUCCGGGAGCCUCGUACUUUGAGUCACCGGGGAGUGCUGUUCAAGUGACUACAGUCGUGUCCUCACCCACUGUGGUGCCGUCUCAUAAUAUGGUGGGAACUGUCGGCAUUGCAAUGGAGGUGGGAGGAAGUCAGAUCAUCUCAAGCAGUGCCGGAACAUAUCUCAUCCACGGAGGUUCAAUGGACAGUUCCAGGCAUCCACUGUCUCAUGCUACUCGUCCAUCAUCUGGAACUAUUGAAAUGGCAAUUGAGAACCUCCAGAAAUCAGAAGGAAUCACAGCUCAUAAAAGCACUCUGCUGAACAGCCAUCUUCAGUGGCUUCUCGAUAAUUAUGAGACUGCUGAAGGAGUUAGCCUCCCCCGGAGCUCCCUCUACAACCAUUACCUGCGGCAUUGUCAAGAACAGAAGCUUGAUCCUGUCAAUGCAGCUUCCUUUGGCAAACUGAUUCGUUCUGUCUUCAUGGGGCUAAGGACCAGAAGAUUGGGAACAAGGGGAAAUUCCAAGUAUCACUACUAUGGGAUUCGUCUAAAGCCAGAUUCACCUUUAAACCGUUUACAGGAGGACAUGCAGUACAUGGCGAUGCGACAGCAACCAGUACAUCAGAAGCACAGGUUUAAACCUAUGCAAAAAUUGGAUGGUGUGGGAGACAAUAUGCCUGGAAAUGGACAGCAUGCAACUCCAGCAACCCCAGAGCAAUCAGUGGCUGCACAGAGCCAACAUCACCAGCAAUUUCUGGACGUGACUCGUGCACUGCCAGAGUUCGUUGAUGCAGAGAUUGGUGAUUCUCCAUUGCCAGAGAAUAUCACAAUGAAUGAAGUGAAGACAUUGCAGGUUUUGUACAGGGAACAUUGUGAGGCAAUGCUGGAUGUUGUAAUAAACCUUCAGUUUCACUAUAUUGAAAAACUUUGGCAAACAUUCUGGCAUUCAUCUCCCUCUGCUUGUGAUGGUGCUUCUGUCACUUCAAUCAGUGAAGAGGAAAGUGAGUCUGUUUUCCCCAAAGCUAAGCUCAUCAGUCUCUGUAAGUUUGAGCCCAUCAUUAAGUGGAUGCGAAACUGCGAUCAUGUGCUGUACCAGGCACUAGUGGAAAUUCUGAUUCCUGAUGUUCUGCGGCCUGUCCCUAGUGCUUUGACCCAAGCUAUUCGGAAUUUUGCCAAAAGUUUGGAGGGAUGGCUAAUGAAUGCAAUGAGUGGCUUCCCUCAGCAGAUGGUUCGGACAAAGGUGGGAGUAGUAAGUGCCUUUGCACAAACAUUGCGUAGGUACACAUCCCUGAACCACCUUGCACAAGCUGCCAGAGCAGUACUACAGAAUACAUCGCAGAUUAACCAGAUGCUCAGUGACCUCAACCGUGUUGACUUUGCCAACGUACAGGAGCAAGCAUCAUGGGUAUGCCAGUGUGAAGAAGGAAUGGUGCAACGUCUGGAGCAGGAUUUUAAAAUGACUCUACAGCAGCAGAGCUCCCUGGAUGAAUGGGCUUCCUGGCUUGACAAUGUUGUGAAUCAGGUCCUGAAGCCUCACGAGGGCAGCCCUGGAUUUCCAAAAGCUGCUCGCCAGUUUCUUCUGAAGUGGUCCUUCUACAGUUCCAUGGUUAUACGUGACCUGACCUUACGUAGUGCCGCCAGCUUUGGCUCCUUCCAUCUGAUCCGGCUGCUGUAUGAUGAGUACAUGUUUUACCUGGUGGAGCAUCGUGUGGCACUGGCAACAGGCGAGACUCCAAUAGCUGUGAUGGGCGAGUUUGGUGAUCUGAGCUCCAUGUCUCCUCUACAGAUGGAGAAAGAUGACGGGAGUGGGCUGGAAAGCGAGGUGGAUGCAGAUCUGAGAGGUGUGAGUGAACCUCCUGUCAAGCGAGAGCGUGUGGACCUCAACCAUUCCCUUCAAGAGAUGGAAGUCUCCACUCACCAGGAACUAAUGAAUUCAAUAUAAUCAGACUGAAAAGGUCAAAACCUCCAAUGAAACACCCACUUUGGCACUAUGGGGCAGAAGAAUACCCCAUUCUCCAAGUUCUGGCUGAGCUCGACAUAAGAUCACAGAAACUAAUUGCAAAAGGUGCACAUGUUAGACCAGUGCUUAAACACUCCAACCCUCAAUGGGUGGCUGCAAUGGCAUUGUCAUGUGACCUAGAGGAAAAACGUGAGCCAGAGGAGGCCGCGUCCAAUGCAAUUGAAUAACUGUAGCUGCUUAGUGCACAGAGUUCAAGCUAUUUUGCAAUGACUUUUUAAAUGGUUUAGGGUACUGGUUUAUAGUGCUGCUUUAGUCAUUAUAUAUAAAUUUGUUAUUGCAGAUCCACUGGGAUUUUAACUGGCUACUAAUUUGAGUAUGGCAGGAAACUAAUUCAACAUUCUAUUUUUGCAAAUAGAGGAGAACCUUUUAAUUUUGUAAUUGCUUUUGUCACUCUCCCAUCUACCCUCACACUCAGGAGGCUGGCUGAACCAUUCCAUUCUCUCUGGGGAUAGGUUCUGUGGUUUUCAAUGUUGUGGUUAAAAUAUUUCAUUUAACUCUUCCUGAGCUAGGAGGUGUAUGGGCCGAGUCGGGGCUAUGGUGGUUGGCUAGGUAGAGUGAAGCUUCUACAUAGGGUCCACCACUCUCUCCUGAAAGUCUCGAGACAGGCCAGAGGCAUGUGGGUGGUGAAUUAGUGAAAUGACCGUAAGAUCUUACUUUUCCAGCACUUCACUUCCUAUGCCUGGGAGACCAACUGAAUGGAGACAUGAAUUUGUUCAUGACAACCAUCACAACUCAGGAAGGAGUGUUGAGGUUCAUUUGGAUGAACCCAGUAACUAACCAAUCCUGUCCGCCUUGGACUGAUUCUAUGGCACUCACUGUGGAAGCCUGUUUGGCCAAACAUGCUGUUACUUACUGAGUGAGUGAUAAUUGCCUUAUUAGAUCAUUAUUUUACCCAUUUAAAAAUGAACCUAGCUGCCCAACAGCUAGUGAUAAUUGCGCCCCUUUAGUAGGGUAUGUUAUACAUCAGGGAACCCAGUACAUGCAUUUCACUGUGCCUUAGGAAAAUUACUGGGAUAAUAGGGGAAAUGUGCCUGCACUGGUCAGAGACCCAGACACUGUGAACUGACUUUUAAAAUCUGUCAUUUAUAACUAUUUUUGCUACUGAUGGUUAAGUGACAUCAAACUACUUGCAAUUACUAAAUAGACAUAUUAACCUCAGUAAAGUACCUUGUCUACUUGCUGUAGGUGUCACACAGUUUUUUAAAAACAUUACACUACUUUCUAAUUGCACAUGCAUGUUUCUGGUUCUGCAGCCUUAUUUGUUCUUGAGCAGGGAACAUUUGUAUUUUUGGAAACUAGCAAGUCUGAUGGUAGAAAAGAGUUGUGUGGGCUUUCUUGGAGUUUUGUGCUACAUCCUUCCCUCCUCAUUUGGUCUUUUGAACGGUGAUUGAAAUAGUUCUACAAAACUGAAGUGUUUACAAACAGCACAACCCUAGAAGAUGUGAACAAAGAGAUUUUGCAGUCAAGUGAUAAGUUUUAAAGGUUCCUGUCUCUUUCUUGUCUACAUUUCCCGAGCAAUUUUGUUUUUGAUUUGGGGUAAGUUCAGUGGUUUUUCUGGCUCCAGCUGGGGAGUUGUCACAUGCUUGAAAUGUGACAAGUAGUCUCCAGAAAAGGGGAGCUGCGUAUCUUAUACAUAUGUCCCCUUGCAGUGAAGGCUGCUGGCUUUAUCUUGAUGGCACAUGUGCACUUUCCAUUCACUAUAAUUGUAAAUGUUAAACAUGUUCAGUCAUUUCCCUCUUAGUCUUCUAAACACUUGAGUUUUAGGUAAGCAACUCCCCUGAGCUAUUCUCUGCUGACAGUAGGAGAGCUUCAACACAGAUCAGUGGUCCUCAUACUAAAAUCAUGGCAUUUUCUGACAUUUUAUUGCUUUGAAAUGAUUUAAGUUUUUGCAAAGAGCAUACCUUCACACUAGGUUUUGAAGCUUGUUGGUCUGCUGAUUGUACGUUGGUGCCAUUAACACAGUUGGGUCACUCUCACUUAAACCAGAAUCAUAAAUCCCUGUCCUCAUAAAGUAUCUGUCAUCUACCAUCAGCUGUUCACCUAUCUGUCCUCAACUUUGUCACAAUGUUUAAAGUGAGCUGGGAAGCUUAAAUAUUCCAUUUUUGAAGCUUCUUUAUGUAACUUAUUUAUUGGGUUCAAUGCAAUUAAUAAGCCUUUCACUUCUAUGUAAUUAAAAUCAGACACAACAACGAGCAAACCUUAGAGGUUUUGCGUUAAUUCUAGUAGAGUAUACAGUAUUUAGCAAAGUAGUUAACAGAAUGAUUGGGACUCUGGAGGGUUCAGGUUUGAACGUGUGCACUGUGUAAGCUGAGCUUUCUUCAACUGAUUUCAUGUGAACUUUUAGCCCACCAGUUUUAUUGGAUAAAAAGUUAACUUCAAAGUGUUCUUUAUUUUUCAUUGACCACUGAAGACUCGUGUCAUUUUCUAAGUAAGUUACUUCUUCAGUUUUCUUUUAAAAAGACUGGAAAAUAUCUGUUGUAAAUGUUUUCAGAUGUAUUAUCUUAUGUUUUUUAAAGUCCAAAUCCUCCCACAAUAGGAACAAUUUGUCAGUGUUUUUAAACUUGCCUUUGCUGUGAUUUUUACUUUGUGUAGUACAGAUUUGCAAUGGAACAAAAAUUAUCCAACCAGCAGGCAAAGAAAGGGGUUAACAUUAAACAUUACAAAACCAUUGAAAAAUUUAAAACUCAUUUUCUGUAACACCAUUUAUAUCUUUAUCUCUUUUUACCCAAUUUGAAUCCAUAUUUCCUAAUUUCUCACCCACAAACUUCUGUUGAUCUGAUGCUGCAGUAAAUACCUAGCCGAACUGCUAACAGCCACCCCUGCAUGUUGGUGUCUGUAUGUAAUUGUAUUCUACUGUCCACGUGAGCCACAUCUACCUACAUUGUUCAGAAGGUGCUAGUUUCACUGUGACGUAGUGAUGCACUUGGGCUGUGAAUUACUGAUCAAGAAUUAUGUGGACCUUCCUAUAGCACAGAGUUGACCACACUAUAGCAGGCCCCUGCACAGGAACUGAAGCUUAAAUAAAGUAUGCUUCUGGUGAUCAGUUGUGAUCCAAAGUUUCAUUCACUGUGUUCAAUCAUCUGCUCAGGCACAAAGCAAAGAGCUGUCUCCCACCACGUGUCAUCUGCAGCUUGACUGCUAGUGCUGGAGAAACAGAAUCUGUAAAUAGCACCUUGGGGUACCCAAACUGUCGCAAGUAAAAAAAAAUAGCUUCAAUGAUGCAAAUAAAUCCAAUGUAAACUCCAGUAACUGCGAGGUAGAUGCCUUGGGUAGUGACUGCCACAUGGCUACUGGCAGUCCCCAAUGGGGCCAGUGUAACUUGACUGCUUCUUCAGGGUCAGUAACAGGACCCAGCUAUGCCAUAUAUUGUGUUUCAAUACCCUCAUCAUUGGUGGCAUGGCUGGAUGUCAUUUCUCUUUAAAGGAACUUGUUUCUCGGUAUCCAAGUCAAGAAAAGUUAUUGAAAUUCAGGUUAUUAUGAAUAACUGUGUGCACAAUGUAACUCACCUCUACAUCUGUGUGUACAUGGUAACUCACUGCUGCAUUAUAAAGGCCACUUUUGCUAGCACUAGAAACUUUUCCCAAUGAAUUUGUCCAUCUACAAAAUACAAGCAUAUUACUUCUUAAGCAGCAACAAAAUUCUAAAUAUGAUGAAGGGUUUUCUGUUUCUCUACUCUGCCUUCAAACCUUCAGAAUCAGGUUUAUUAUCACUGAUGUAUGUGAUGAAAUUUGUUGUUUUGCAGCAGCAGUACAGUGCAAUACAUUAAAAAGACUAAGUUACAAUAAGAAAUAUAUUUGAAAAUAACUAGUGCAAAGAGAAGAAAAUAGUGAGGUAUUGUUCAUGGACCAUUCAGAAAUCUGUUGUCUCUGAUGAUUUCAAUUGUAUUUUGGCUUUACUCCAAAAGUUAUUUAUUUUACUUAAAACAAUUUGAUUUUAUUAUUCAGGACUGAAACAUCAAUUACACACAAGGAUAAUGUCCUUAGAUAAUCUUUGAUCAAUUUCCAAACUGUGUCACUUUGUUCUGAACCAAAAGCCUUAGACAAAACAGUGUAAUUGUAUAUCCCAUGGUUUUUCAGCCUCAGAAACAUUCAUAAUUACUGAAUUAUCAAGGCAUGAAAGUCUACACAUGGUCAGCUGAUCAUUCAGGUCUAUGAAUUUGUCUCCAUUCUGCAUUGCAUCAGUGGGAUUGGGAUAAUUUUAAGGUGUAUAGGUUUUCUGCUUUUACAUUAUCUGUAUUACUGUUUUAUUUGUAAAAUGAAAGUGACUCAAAUUGCCUGGUUUUACUUACUUCAUAAGCUGUAGUUUAGCAACAAUGAGCUUGGUUAGUCUAACUUACAGUCUGGAAUUUUUUUUGUUACCUGUAAUAUGUGUAUAAAUUGAUGUAAAAACUGAAAUUUGUUAACAUUUUGUGCAUUGUGAUUUAAAUCUUUCCUCAAAUUCCAUACAAACAAUCUGUAUCACCAUUCGGAAAAUAGGUCCUCAAAAAAUGUUAAUUUGAUUGUUCCCACAGGGCAUUCUUGAUCUUAAAAAUUAACCUCCUUAAAACUCUGAAUUUAUCAAUAAAAACUUGCUGAAUCAGCCGCACCAGAGAACUGUGCCAUGUUCUGCUUUGAAAUAGCCUGUCAACUAGCCUCCCUUCUUUCUUCCUGAAUUGGGGAUUCAUCCCAUCCUUCGUCCAAGUGCACCCUGCCCUGUAACUACUUCCAUUAUUCCAAUCCGUCAGAGCACCUCUCCCUCUGUUAGCCUUCUGCUUUCACACAUCCCAUCUUGGUGGAUCCUCUUUGUUGCUUCACCUAUAGCCAUCUUACACACUCCUGUCCAUCUGUUGGUCUGAACUAAGCAACAAACAUCCAUCACAGCCUCCUCCCUCUCUGUCCAGUGAUGAGACUUUCCAUACACGUGCUUCUGAAGUGUCUUCCUUCCAGAAUUCUGUUGCCCUCUUCACACCUGUGCUUUCAGCCCCUUUUCUUUCUGGACAAAGAAGCACAUUACGCUCCUUCUGUAGCAUUGACUCCCACCUUUAACAGACCAUCCCUCACAAAUUCUGCAACUUCAAUGAAGUUUCACCAUCGGGUACACCACCCCAGGCAGUAGAUUGAUUGUGAUUCCUUGGUUCGCUCUUCCUUCAAAAACCUUUCUCACCAGCCCUUUGCCAUUUAACUACAGCAGAUGCAACCCUCAAUCUUUCAUCUCUGCCCUUGCCAAAAACAGUCUUUCUAGGUGAAGCAGCGACUCACUUGUUUUUCUGCACUGUGGCCUCAUCUAUACCAGAGAAACCAAAUACAGCUGGCAUGAGACUAGGAGUUGACCAAGAACUCUCCUUCGCUGCCACUAACUUGCUAUCCCCUUCCCAUUUGGACCUCUCUGAUGUGAUCUCCUGUUAUAAACAGGCUUAAAACAAUAUUGAGGAACAACAUUUCACACAACUGGCACAUAGCAGCCUUCUGGGCUGAGUAUUGAGUUCUUCAAGUUGUGGUAAUUCACCCUGUCUCUUAUAGCCUGACGUCACUCCCUUGUACUCUUUAACUGCUACCAUUAAUCCAAGGACCUCCAGCCCUCCCCAUAGUGACCUUGGGGCAUUCCCCACACCUUCUCUGAAACUUAUCACAAGUUUUUCCCCCUUUUCUGAUAAAGGGUCUUUAAUAUGAAAUGUUAGUCCUCUUUCCACAUAUGCUGCCUGAUCUUUUUGUUUCCAGCAUUUUAGAUUAGUUUUGUCCUUAGAACAUCCAGUGCAUUAAAGGGAUUGUUAUUGUUCCCAUCAACAUUCUUCCCACAUUAUGUGAUAAAGUCUCUAACCGUAAGAUCUUACUCCAAAUUCUGAGAGGGUCACCUCUUAUGUUUUUUUCUGAAGACAGUGGGCAUCAGGCUAACAGAUCCACUGGACUCAGGUGUCCAUAGCUCAGCAACAGAAGGAUCUUCCUGUAUGCCACAUCUCAUCAUAGUUACAGCAACCGUCUUCGAGCUUCCUGUGAUUAUCCACUGCAGGGAAGGCUCGUUAAAUGCUCCAGCUUAACCAGGACCUGUGAAUCAGACUCCCGUGGAAUAUUUUCAACAUGUCAUUCCAUUAGCUCCUUAGAUCUACAUUCUAUCCCAGGGUAAUUCCUUUUAAUUCCAUCAGUCGGAGAUAUUCACUUACAAAGUCAUUGGCUGAGGUAUCUGUUACUCUCUAAAGUUUCCUGGUGGAUUUGCAUCAAUCAGCCGGGCUCUUACAUCCACCGUGUUUAGUUAUUUUGGCUAUAGCUCACAGAAGAUGUCUGGGUCCUGGUUGAAGAGGAACUUGUUGCACAGGUUCAGGCCCUCACCCAAGCCACGGCAUGCCACCAACUGCCCUGCACUGAGAUAUCAGCACCAACCUCUAGCCUCGAGCUGUUGCUGCCUUCCCAAGGAUUAAAUGGGACUGUAACAGGACCCCCCCCCCACCCCCAAAAGAUACUCCUUCCAUUACAACCUGAGGAGGUCUGGAAUAGAAAGUCUUUACCCAGUUCUAACAGGAUGCCUGGAACAGAAGCUGCUUCUUCAUAGUCGCUUGAAUGUGUGGUAUUGUCUGUAGCUUUAUUUCAGAUUGCCAGUAUUUUUUUCAUUUUCUUUCCUUGCUUAGUCUUGUUCGUGACCACAAGCAGAUAAAAGGCAAGAACAAUUGUAAGGCAGUGACUACACUUCGGCAAGGUCAGGCAGGGGACUUGUUCAGGCAGAAAUUUUAGUAAACUGGUUGAUUGAACCACAACAGAACCCUUCAACAAAAAGAAAUGUUCUGAACAGUAAAGAGUAGCUACAGUUAAAGGUAUGAUUUAAAACUGAUAAACCAAUAAUAAACAAUAAUCAGCAGUAGAGGUUGCAGAGAGAUUAAGGCAGAUAAAGUGUUACAAACAAGACACUAAAGGGUGUAUAGAAAAAUUUACAGUACUUCAUAAGAGUUGAGGAAAUAAGUAUCAAGAUUUUAGAUUCAGGUCUUUUUCCAGAUAGACUAAUUUUUCUUUACAUUCUGAUUCAUACUUCUGCACAUUAUUGAGGCUAGUUUAAGCUACUUGGGUUAGAGUACCAGAGCUUAUAAUUUAUCUCUGCUCAUUCUAUCAAAUACCUAAAGCCUACUAUUUUUUAACCACUUUCCACAUAAUGUCUUUUAGCUGUCUGUUUCUUCAACUAAAUGACAAAUACUUUGAGGAUAAAAUAUGGAAAUAGUAAGAUCAGCAAUUUAGCUAAAUGAAAUAGCAUAUAUAUUCCAUCUAAAGCCAUCACUAUCCAAUUGAAAGAAUAAUAAAACCUGGCUCCCUCUAAAAACCCAUCCUGUCAUUUGCAUUUUAAGUUUUGUGGCACUAUCAAAGGUUUCUGAAAGUCCAAAUACUCUACAAUAAGAUUCACCUUCAUCUUGCUGGUUACAACCUUAAGACAUUGACCCUAUUUUCUAUCCAUUAAUUCUAUUAUUUUCCAACUGCCCAUGUAAUCUUAAUCAGUAAGAGGUUGUAGCAUUUCCUUUCUCCUAAAGCCUACCCCAAAACUGUUACAAAAGGUUACAGUAGGCAAGGCAAGAAGCAAUGCAUCUAACAAAGAUUCAAAAACCAGAAAAAAAAAACCACAGCAGAAAUAAGUCAUUGUUGAGCAAACAUGCACAUACAACAAAAGAAUGAUUUGUGAGAUUUUAUUGAACCCAGUGGCAUAGUUUGAUUUUAACAUAAGUCUGUUAUUUAAUGUUGCCAACAUUUUAAAAUCAAUUAACAAUGUAACAGGACACAGCUGAAAAUAAUUAAAAUAGAUAAGAUUUUUUAAAUUGAUAAAUUUAACACGAACUUGUGCUGAAAUUUGAUUCGCAAUUAUUCUAAAUUAUUCUUUCACGUGAUUCAGUGAAAAUGUUAGUUUUAACAUUCAGUUCUUGUUAACUCCAGUGUAACUUCUUGUAAAUUGAAUAUUUAUGAAUUUAAAGGGAAUAAUAGUGAUACAGCAAUAGCAAUUCUAACUGCUCAGAGACAAAGAGAAUGUGCUGUAGGAGGUGAUCAUGGGAAUGUUAGCAUGGAUUUUGGCUACAAUGUCCCUGAGUCAAGCUGGCAGCUUGGGUCAGUCACCUAUUUCCAUCAGAAAUCAAGUACUUUUCUAAUCAGGGGUCAGUUUAAAAUCUAACCUGUGCAGUGCAAUGAGCAGGGAACAAACAUAGUGACUAAGCUAUUGGUAAACUAGGCUCCAGUUCAGGAGCUUGCAUCUUCGGCAAGAGCCUGCAUCCCAGCAACCGUUCCAGUGGCACUACAGGCCAACAGAAUGUUGGUUAAUGGCUUAAACACACAAACAC